AUGAGACGAGAACCGGGUGACGGUGACGACAAGCCCAAGGCGAAGUCGAAACCCAAGGAGAAAUCAUCCCUCAAGUCCCAGUUGUCCGGAAAUUUCCUCCGGAGCAUUACGGAGCUCGUGAUCCGGCACAAGGGGGAUGAACCCAGCCAAGCCUCCACUUCAGGCUCGGCAGCAGGUUCGGAAGAGCAGGUCGGAGGCGAGAGCGGGGAGGGAGAAGCAAAAGAGCAGCAGCAGGAGCAGCCGCAGGAGAAGCCGCAGAGGGAGAUGACCGAGGAGGAGCAGAAGCGCGAGAGGCGGAAGCAGGCAGCUGAACGGAUUAUGAACAGACUAACUCCAGCCGCUCACCCGCGCACGGAGCCCCCGUCCCCGUCCCCCGCGUCCUCCGCUUUCACCCCCGUCUUUGCCCGCUGCCCUGCCAAGAUCUGGAGCAACCCGGACGAGGAGGACAGCGCUGGGGAGCAGAGCGACGGCGGAGGGGGAGAAGGUGAGGGGAGCGUCGGGGGAACCACAGGCGGAGGAGGAAGCGGAGGAGGAGGAGGAGGAGGAGGAGGAGGCGGAGGCAGUGGGAAUGGGGAGGAGGGAAUCAGGGGUACGGGUGAUACGUUGACGGAUGGCGAGGGGGGAGCGGGAGAGGAGGAGGAGGAGGAGGACGAGCAGCCGACAGGGUUCCCGAAGCUGCUUCCGGGGAAGGCGGACGUGCUGGUUCUGACAGACGAGGGGGAUGCGCUGCAUGGGGAGAUAGACACUGGCGAGCACCAAGGCACGAACCCGCUGGAUAUGACCAAGUUUAAGCGGCUUCUGUCGCAGGUGUAUGGGCUGGAUGAGGCGGAUUUUCGGCCAAAGAACUGGGGGAAGGUGCUGGAAAAUGAGGGGGGUUUGGGGGAAGGGGAAGAGGAGGAGGAUGAAGAAGAAGGAGGAGGAGGAGGAGGGAGGGGCCAGAUGAGGCGAGAUGGGGUUUCCCGCAGGGAUUUGAGGAGUGGUGAGAGGCGAAGAGAGGGGAGAGGGGGAGAGCCGAGGAAGAGGGAGCAGAGGAGGAGUGAGCGGAGGAGGAGUAGGAGUGUUUCUGAUAGUAGGAGCAGGAGCAGGGGGUCAUCGGAGUCUGAUCAUGGGGGUGGAGGGAGAGGGAGGAGAGGGGGGAGGCGAAGAGGUAGAGCGGACGACUCUUGGAAAGAAAAGAAUGGAGAUGAGGAUGAGGAAGAGGCUGGGGAGGAGGAAGAGGAGGAAGAGUUGAGGGGAAACCGGAGCAUGCGUGGGAGGAAGGGGGAUAGAAUAGGGGGAAUAGGGGAGGGGUCGGAUGAGGAUGAGAGGGGCAGGUGGGGCAGGAGGAGACGGGGAGCUGACCUGGGUGAUGAGAGCGGGAGGGAGGAUUAUAGCGAGGACGAGGAUGCUUAUAGCGAGGACGGAAGGGAAGAGCUUAGCGAGGAUGGGAGGCGGGAAAGUGAUUACGAGGGAAGGAGAAACGAUGGGGUGAGAAGGCCGAGGAAGUUGGAGGGUGUUGGGGAAAGAGAUGAGGGGGCAAGCAGGCAUAGCAGGAGGCACAGGCAUGGGAGCAGGAGUGGUAGUGAUCGUGAUGGAGAGCGUUACAGUGACAUGGACAGUGAUGGGCAUGUGAGUAGUGACCAUGAGGAAGACCAUGGUAGAGCGAGGGAGAGGGAGAAGGGUAGGGAUAGGGGGGAGAAGAAGGUUAGAGAUAGGGGACGGGGUAGGGGUGGGGAUGGGGUUAAGAGCGGAGGUGUGUCCAGAGAUAGGGGCAGAGGGGGCGGGGAGAAGAGGAGUGAUAAGGAGGAGCGUAGGGGGAGGAAAGGGAGGAGGAGGGUUGAAGAGGAAGAAGAAGACAGCACCGAUGGUACCCAUAGCAGCAGUGCCAGCGAUGGGAGCGAUCAGGCUCGGAGGAGAGAGGAUCGGGGUCACAGGAGACAGGACAGGGAGAGGGCUGGAAGAGACGGGAGCAAGGGCAGAAGGGAAAGACAGCACGAUCGAGAUAGUGCGGUGAAACAGCACAAGGGACGGGGAGAGGAGGGCAAGAAAGAGCGGGGAAAGAAAGGUGAGGUAAAGAAAGAGGGAGACAAGCGGGGAGAGGGUAAGAGGGAGGAGGGCCAGAGGGAGGAGGUGAAGGAAGGAAGGAGAAGCAGGGCGAGGGGCGAGGAGGAAUUGGAGAGUGGUGCAGACAAGGAAAAGGAGCUCAAGAAAAGGCAUGAGAAGGUUGAUUCCAAGGGAGUAGACUCCAGGAAACCUAAAAAAGAUGGUGACUCGAAGGACGAAUCCAAGUCGAAACAGGAGAUCAAAUCUAGCAAGUCAAAGCAGGAGAGCAAGUUCCUAUCCUCUCUGGACAUCCGGGAGGAGAUUCGGAAGCUCUCGGGUGACGAUGCUCUGCGCAUUCUGCUCAGCGCCCGCAACUCCUUCAAGCGCGAGCAGCAGCAGCAGCAGCAGCAGCAGCUGAGGCAGAAAACAGGCAGUUGGGGGGCGGGGAAGGAACUGCUGCUGCUGGUGAUGGUGGUGGUGAUACGAUUGAGGGAGGGGGAUGAGGAGGAGGAGAGUGAGGAGGAUGGAGAGGUGAGUAGGCAGAAGGACGGAGCGAGAAACUUGGUGCCUGGGCUUGUAGAUGAAGGGGUAGAAGAGGAGGAGGUGAGUGAGGAGGAUGGUGGUGAGGAAAAAGGUGAGGGAAGGAAGCAUGAAGAGCUGGGGUCUGAGGAGAUAGAUGAGGAAGGAGAGGAAAAAGAGGAAGAUGGAGCGGAGGACAAGGAGGAUAUGGGCGAUGGGGUUGAUAUGGGAGAGUCGGAGUCUGAGAGUGGGGUAAGUGAAAAGGAUGAGAUAUCCUGCAUUGCAUCUGACGUGGCGAGAUACAUGGAGAGAAGUAGCCACUUGGGAAGCAAAGCUGGUCAGCCAAUUCAACCUCGCCACUCAGAUAGUGGUGGUGGUGGUGUUGCUGCUACUGAAAGUGUUGGCGAAGGAAUUAUGUCAGGAACGGGAGCGGAGGAAGAGGGGGAGGAAGGACCUAAAACCUCCUCAGAUGCGCCCAGGAGGCUGCAGGAGCUGCUGCAGUUCAAAAUGGUGCAGAGCGGUGCAGCAGGCGGGGGCAGGGGAGCCGGGUCUGGUGUGGCAGCCAGUAUGGUGCAGGGAAGUGUGGACUUUACCCGGGGAACAAUGGGAAGUGUGGUGCCGGGAAGUGUGGACUUUUCCUGGGGAACGACGGGGGGAGGAGGUGUGCCGGUAGGGGGUGGUAUGGCAGGAGGAGUGGUGGGAGCGGGUGGUGGGAUGGCAAGUGGUGGGGGAAGAGGAGGUGGUGUGGGAGGUGGGAUUGGAAGGGUGGGAGUAGGUGGAUCUCCCAAGAAAGGGAUGAAGGUGGGGGGGCAAGGUGGAGAGAUGUGCGGGGACAACAGGCACAUGGUUCCUGAAGGGGCGGAUGAGGCUUGUUACCAAGACGAUGGUGCGUAUGGGGUUGGGUAUGAUGGUGGUUAUGGUAGAACUGGUUACGGUGGCGGUUACGUUGACGCGUAUCAUGCUGGUUACGAAGAUGCUGGUUACAAUGACGGUGGUUACGACGCCGGUUACAAUGCUGGUCGUUACAAUGAUGCUGGUUACCAAGAUGAUGGUUACGAAGAGGGUUACAGUGGUGGCGGUUUGGAGGGUGAAGAAGCUAUGGGGAUUCAGAGAUCCUUCACAGCAGAUGGGCGAAAUGCCAAGCUGCACUCGCAGCUGCACGCACAUCCUGAGGAGGGCACACCUGUGACAGUGCAGCGGGCAUAUACAGUAGACGGCCGCUCGUCGAGGCUUGUAGCGGAGCAGACUGUAAUGAGGAAAUCUGUCCUGGGUCCAAGGGAGGGUGUCUCAGGUGGCAUGGGUACAGUGGGUACAAUGGGUGCAAUGGGUACAGUGGAGGAAGGUUCCAGAAGCAUGGGGAGGAAGAAGAAGCCAAAGCGCAGUGCGGGAAAAUCAGUAGAGAAGAUGGUCCGAAUGAGAAUGAGAUUCGGGGCUUGGGAGGAGGAGAGGAUGGAGGGGGGAGCAGUGGGGGGGAGGAGAAGGAGGAGGGGGUAUGGCAGUGGAUGA